AGAUCAGUUUUUCUUGUACCCUGUGAAAAAUGGCGUCCAAUAAUCCUCCGAUAAGUGACGUUAAACUUGGUGAAUUACCGGCGUAUUUCAAGAAGUUUAAACUGAAUAGUAUUCCACGUGGAUUUAUGGGAAUGGUAUCUCGUUAUCAGCAGAAGUACUUGCUUUGCAAAAUGGGAAAAUCACCCUUUCCUUCACGUUAUUGGUUUAGCAAUGUUUCUCAAUUAUUGCAUCGAGUACAAACAUUUGAAGCAUACCAGUAUGAUGAGAAAGUAUCAUUGAUGAAAGAAAAAAACUGUUCUUGGUUUGGAAAUUUUUGCUGUCCUGAGUGUUGAUUGAACUACUAUCAUGAUGAACAUUGAAAGUUUACUUAAAAUAUAACAAAAAUAUUUGUUCUUUGUUAUGAAAUACAUAUAUUUUCCCAAGUUUAAA